GUCGGGGCCGCGCAGCUGAGAAGAUCACCAGGGGAAGUAUGUUUUCCAGGAGGUAAAAGUGAAGCAGCAGAUAAAGAUGAAAUUGAUACUGCUCUCAGAGAAGCCAAAGAAGAAGUGGGACUCCAGCCAGAGGAGGUGGAAGUCGUCUGUAGGCUUGUGCCUGGGCUUGAUAAAAUGAAUCAUUUGGUAACACCAGUUGUAGGAUUUAUAGAGGAUACAUUCCAGGCCACUCCUAAUCCAGAUGAAGUGAGUGAUGUUUUUGUGGUGCCAUUGGAAUACUUCAUCAAGCCCUUAAAAUACAGGACCUUGCCUUACAAAACUUCAUCUGGUCACUUAAGUCGGAUGCAUUGCUUUACAUAUGAUGACCAUGAGCGUAACAUGUCAUUCAAGAUAUGGGGACUUACUGCACAUUUUGCUGUAUUUCUUGCUCUUGUAAUUUUUGGAAGGAGACCUACCUUUGAAGUUGAUUAUGAUCUUGACAACUUAAUUCCAUCUUCUGUGCAAAACUUCAUGAAUUUAUAUGCAUCAGUAUAUGAAAGGAAGAAAAGUAAUCUAUGAUAUACUGGAUUGCCAAUUAAUGAAAUUUAAUGAAAUUGAUGAAAAAGAUUUUGGUUUAUUGUCUUUAUUUGAUUUAAUUUCACAUUUGCAUUUUUCUGAAUUGGGAACUUUAAUUGGAUUUUUAAAAGUUCUAAUAAGUCAACAAGCCCUAAUUAAAUUCAUGUAAUUGCUUCUGACAAAUCUAAUGUAAAUAUAGAACACAGUAUUUUUGAUGGACUUGGAGUUAAUACACUGACAUGGAAGAUCUAGGUUCAACUUCUGCCUUUGUCUUGUGUGAUCUAAGAUCGUCUUUCUCUGAUCUGCCUUUCUUUUGCGUAGUGAGAUAUUACUGAUCUUGUCUACCUUUUGUCUGUUUGAAUUAGAAUACAAAAAUUGUGGAGGAUCUGUCUGUCUCUUACUCUGACUUACCACAUAUGGCAUAAUACAUAUAAUCAUCUCCAGUAUUUUUAAGCACUGUUAUGAAACGCACAAUAAAAAUAUAGAAAGUGACAGGUGCUUUCACAAGCUUGUUUUUUUUGUGGGGUUUUUGAGGGAGGAUGGAGGUUUAAUGAGUUUUAUUCCUUUUGCUCAAUUUAACACUUCUGAGAAAAUUUUGUAGUCUUCGGAAAGCUUGGUGUAGAGGCAAUGACACUAAACUUUCUUCCUCAGCAUUCUUGUUAAUAUCACUCAUUCAGCUCCUAGGAGGAGUCUUUUUAAAAAGAGAAAAGCGGAGUUCAGUAUUCAUAAAUACUAAAGUGCCUAUCUGUAGUUGAAUCUUUGCCAGGGUGACUGGUAAUGUCAGAUACAUGGCGUUCUUUGCGCUGUGAAACCUGGUUUACUAGUUGCUGGUGGACUAGCAGCUUAUUCAUGGUGGUGGUCGUAUUGUGGCCAAAUGCUUACAUCUUAUAAAGCACAACUGAGUUUGUCUGGAUUUGAGAUGUAGUUUAGAAGUGAACAGUUUACCAGUCCUUAAAUAGCUGAUCCUCUCUGAGUAACAAGAGUGAGUUAAAAGCAUUCGGGGUCUCUCAGUUGUCAUGUUUGAUCAUGUUUGAUAACGCUGAAAGCUGUUUUUCCAGAGUGAAAGUUGCCUUUGUUCUAACUCAAUAGCUGUAUUUUAUUCUCUGGUGAUAAAAUGAGUUGCAGGCACUUUUUAUGAAUUGCUUUGUAGUUGAGCAGAAUUAGAUAUUUUUAUAUUAAGCAGUUUUCAUAGUAUAUUUGAAGUUGUUUGCCAUUUAAGCAAAAUGUUUUUUUGAAAAAUUUUUCCUAAGUAUGUGGGUGUGUGGUUUUUUUUUUUUUUUUAAGCUAAUUGUUUUCUAGAAAGCCUAGUUCUAAAUGUGGGGAUGGUUGCGUUUUUUUUUUUUCUUUUUAUGGCUUCUGAUACUGCAUCUGUAGCAUGCUUUGGUUACUGUGAUAGGACAGUAGCCUUCAGGCACUGAAACAUCAGCUUGUGUUUUGCUGAUAUCUGCAAGAUGACCUUUUAUGGAAGAAGAAAAAGAUUUUUGGAGCUAUGCUCAGCUGAGGGGAAUGUGUCAAAAGAGUUCAAGGCUAAAAUUAAUGCAAAUCUUCUUGUAAGGCUGCAUUUUCCUUUUGCCUCUUUCCAAGUCGCAGAUCUGUGAUAUUUACUAUUUGCCUCUUCCCAGAGGUAAUUAAGUGGUAAGUAUCCUACCACAGUAUUCUACCUGAAAUUUUCUUUAUGUUGUGGCAUUAAAGUUGUAAUAUCAGUAAUCCCAAAACUGAGUUGGAAGAGGCCUCAAGAAAUAGCCUUUUGACACCUAAAGAUGGGAUCACUAUAUGAUAUUCUGAUAAAUACUUAACUUCUUAAGUUUCCCUGGACAGCAUGUUCUAGUCCUUUAACCAUUUUUAACUUUAUAAAGUUUGUCUAACUUAACAGAUACUAUUUUAGCAAAGAAGACUUAUUUAGCAGAAUGGGGAGUACUUCAUUUCCUUAGUUACUUUCUACAUAUCUGAAGACCACACUACUGUCUUCCUGAGCCUUCUUCAGACUUAAUGAUCAGAUUUCUCCAAUCUUUCUUGUCAGUCAUAUUUUCUAGAUCUCUUGUCAUUCUUGUUGCUUUCCAGACUCUUUAGUGAACACUCUUCCUUCCCCUUUUUUCUUCAAAUGUAGUAAUCAAACUUGGACAUGGUACUCCAGCUAACCACUUAUCUGGGUUGGGUAGGACAGGAUGACUGCAUAGCUCCUUUUCAUAUAUGCCACUGUGAUUGCCCUUUGCAGCAGCAUGGUAAUAUUGACUCAUAUUGCAUUUUUUUCUGCUAAAGCUUUCUAAUCCUUCUGUGAAAAAAUCUGCUGAUUGUUCCUAUAUUUAUUGUAUUCUGUAUUUGAACAGUUGACUAUACCUACCUAUGUUUAGCACUUUGCGUUUGUCCUUAUUGAAUUACUUCCUGAUUUAAAAAAAAAAAAAAAAAAACAUGGUGAUUAUCUACUAGUAUGUUUUCAGAGGUUUUCACUUCGUUGUUAUCCUCCAAUUUAUUGAGUAUCUUCUGUUUCAUUUACAACUUAGAGUAAGCAAUACUCAGAACAGGCCUCCACAGAAUCCUGAUCUUGAUAAGUAGUUGCACUUUGACAAUGAGCUGUUACUACUAGGUGUAGUUUUCUAACCAGCUAUGGGGGAAAUACUGCUAGUGUCAUAUAGACCAACUCUCCUUACCUUGCAAAUGGAAACAUAUGGCAAGACUUUAUCCAAAACUUGAAGAUCUACAGUUCUCCAUAUACACCAAGCGUGUUACCUGCCACAUAAAGGAGGGAGACACAUUUGUCAAAAAUAGUUCAUAUGAAAAAGAUAUCAGUUGCUACAUAUGUCUUUGCUAAUCAAAGUAGCUUUAUAAGAGUUACUUACUCUGAUGUUUCUCCCAGGAAUCGGAACAAUUAGUCCGAGUUCUCCAGUUCUUUCAUAGGGCCCUCUGCCUUUUCCCGGCCUCUAUUAUGGGAAAAGAUAAAGUUCCCUAAGUUUGAAAGAUAAGUGCUAGUAACUUUGAAAUGGAUUCUUCAACAAUGGCUAUAGCGUUGGAAAGCCUCAAAAGAUUCAACCAGCUCAAACAUUUUAGCAUAUCUAAACCUGUCGUGCUCUUAUAUUAAUUCUUUUGGCAUCUAUGUUAAUUAUGCUUGAUAUCAGUUGACUUAACUUAAAAAGAAAAAAGGUACUUGUAUUUUUAGCUGGGUUGAAAUUCUUGAAGAAGCAAUACCCACACUUACAAAGAACAGUUUUAUUUUCAUUAUUAAACACUUAUGAAAUUCUUUAAACAUCUAAAGAUAAACCUAACUUUAAACCCUUCAUCAUAUUAUUCAUAGCAUCAGGCUAAGCUACUAAGGAUAAUGUAGAUGGGGAAAAUAACUAAUUAAAAUAAGAACAUAGUUAAUUAAAAUAGAGCAAACCAAUUAGACCUUCAAUUAGUAAACAAAACAGGUACCAAGCAACAUAAUUACUAACUUAGCAUCCUCUUUUGGUCCUAGCAGCCUUUUUUUAGUUCCUUUCCGGUCUACCAAAUCCAGCACGGAAAUCGUACAAGUUGAAACAUCACUUUUAUUUCUCUUUUUCUCAAAUGUUGUUCUUGUCCUUACAGGUCCAUAGAACAAGUUACAUUUGAUGCUCCUUUUAGCAACAAUCACGUUUUUUUAAAUCAAAUUAACCAUUUGAGCUGGCUGGAAAAUGGACUUCUCAGAGCUCCAGCCAAAAACCCUUCAGUGACUUGCAGUAAAACCACUGGGGUUUUACCCAUGCUGAUGGGAAUGCAUAGUGUGUAGGUCCUGAUGUGCAUACUUACAUGAUUUUACUGAUAGUAGUUUUGAAAUUUGGGAACUGCUUUCUUAAUGUAAAAAAAAAAAAAAAAAAAAAAAAAA